ACGGGUAUAUUGAAUUUUCUUUUCAACUUAAAAAGUGCUCUUAUUUAUCGAACACGACGACUUUGCUAUGGCUACAAACAGUCCCGUUAGUGCGAUAGUGCCAGUGUCCGCAACGACAAAACCAAAAAACGGUCAACAACAACAACCGGUUCACACAAUUUCCGGUGUCAUCCUAGAUGAUCUGGGUGCGCGAUUUAUUAUCAAUGUUCCAGUAGAGGAGCGGCAGAACUUAAUCCGGAUUUGCUUUCAAAUCGAGCUUGCUCAUUGGUUCUAUCUGGACUUCUACUGUUCAUCUGUUCAGAAGCAAAAAUGUGGCAUCAAGCAGUUUGCUUUUCAGUUGUUUCAGCGUAUCCCUUUUCUUCAACCGCAUUUGAUGUACGUUGAUAAAAUUCUGGAAGAUUGGAAGCAAUACAAACUUUCGGUGCCAACCUAUGGGGCUAUUUUACUUUCAGAAGAUAUGGAACAAGUAUUGCUAGUACAAUCAUUCUGGGCCAAAUCGUCAUGGGGUUUCCCGAAAGGAAAAAUUAACGAAAACGAAGAACCGAUCAACUGUGCCAUUCGAGAAGUGUACGAAGAGACUGGCUAUGAUAUUAAAAAUCUGAUUGUUCCCAGCGAAUACAUUGAACUGGUUAUCAACUAUCAGUAUACAAGGUUAUAUCUGGUCAGAGGCGUGCCCUUUUCCACCGUUUUCGUUCCUCGUACUCGUAAUGAAAUCAAAUGCUGUGAAUGGUUCCCAAUCGAACUGCUUCCUGUGACGAAAACUGAUAAUUUUGUAAAGGACAAUCAUAGCUUGAAUGGAAGUUCGUUUUUCAUGAUUCUGCCUUUUGUCAAGCGGCUUAAGAAAUGGCUUGAGAAGUUACAGAAAAAUAAGCAUAAACCAGGAAACAAUAAUUCGCCAGUUUUUGGCUCAUCUGGCAAACAAAGCACUAAAUAUUUUGAGAACAAGACUCCCGGGCAGACCAACAAUCGCCAACGUCAGCGGCAUAAGUCGAUGGGAGACCUCGAUCAACAACGGUCAAAAUCCAGCGCCACUAAAAAUGCUUCAAAUAAUUCCGCUGUACCGACCGAAGGCUAUGCAGAGUUUUGCCUCAAUACUGCGGAAUUUUCACUUAAUAAUUCCACUGCAAAUAAAAAAUCCAACAAGAAGCAAAUCCACCAUGAGACAGGACUCAAUUCUGUGGCUACUCCGGGUGUUGGUGGACGUGCGCAAACCAAGCGAAAACUGUUUGAUGCUGCAAUUGAAGAGAAGCCAACUGAAGUUUUGGACAAUUAUGGAUUGGCAGCAUUUAACGAGGCUAAAUCGUGGAUUAAUUUUAAACUUGACUACAGCAAAUUCCUGUAAAUGUUUGUACAAUGAAGUGAAAUUGUACCUUUGUGUUUGUGAUUCUAAUAACAGCCAUUUGGUAUUUCUGAAUGGACUCUUUUCUAGCAGAUAAUCUUCGGUUCUUUUAUAGUUCAUAGUAAACGUUGACGUUGA